GUACCGCUCCUACUUCUCCUGAGUUUCUCAUGAAUCUACAAGAAAAGGAAGCCAUAGAAAAUAUGUUGUCCAUCACCAAUGAAGGGGAAUUUGUCGGAGGAAGUGAGGAUGGUAUAAAGACUCAAGGGGAAGAAUUUGAGCCUGAAGGUACUACUGGGGAACCUGCUAGAGGACCUGAUCCUCCUUCGGAGGAUCCAACUCCGGGUCCUUCUCAGGAACCCCAGGUUAGUGCUGACCCUGCUCCCUCUCCUUAUUUAGAUGUUGAGCCUUUAACUGUGAUUAUGCUUGAGACAAGCCCUGCUUUGCCUAGGCGUAAAGUAGUUGUAAGUGAAGAUCCAAUUCCUAAGCGACCCACAACAAGUUUGCAAAAGAAGGAGGCUCUUGAGUCUUCUCUUAAAAAAAGUCAAGCUAAGUCAAGGAGAAGAAAAUUAGUGAAAGAUGGCAAAGUUGUAAAUGAGAAGAUAGCGCUUGUUGAGAAUGUGGAUGAAGAAGAAGCAGAGGAACCUAGUACGUUGACUAGGAAGUUAUCACAAAAGCAUGGUAUUCUCAAGCCAAAAGGGGGAUCUUCUGUGUCUGCCGAACGUCUGACUAGGUCUGAUGAUGCUGUUGCUACUGAGAAGUUAUCACAAAAGCAUGGUGAAAAAUCUGUAAAGUCUAAUAAAAAGGAGAAGGGUGUUCGAAAGACUACUAAGAGAAAGGUUGAUACUGAUGAGGAACCUGAUUCCUCAAAGAAGGCCAGAGUUGGUAAUCCAGGGAGUGUUGGGAAAGAGAGAUUGAGAAGUCAAAAGGUACUAUGGGGACGCACAUUUGCCUCUGAUGUCUUGGAGGAGGCUGGUAUGAGACAGUUGGUUGAGGUCUGUGAUUUCCAACAAUGGACACACUUGUUCACAAGGGAUGCUGCUAGGAUGUAUAAGGAGGAAGUUCAAAGUUUUUAUGCUGACUUGUACAAGGUUGAGGAUGGUCACAUUUGUGCCUUGGUGAAUGGGGUUGAUAUGGUAAUGGACUCCGUCUUGUUGGGAUCUGUUCUUGGUGUGCCUACUGAAGGGUUGUCUAGUGUUCGGGGAGCUUGUACUCAGAACUUCAGGAACGCAAUCUUGAAGGACAUAGCAGUUCAGCAGGGGGAACGGGUUCAGAAGAAGGCCCUCUCUCCUGUUUACCAACUGCUAUUUGAGAUGGUAAACAAAGUGUUGCUGCCUCGAGCUGAGCGAAUAUCCAUCACCUCUCAUGCAGACCUAUUCCUCAUGGAAGAAUUGGACAACUUCACUACCAUUAAUCUGCCUGGGAUCAUAAUAGAGCACAUGAAUAAAGUUGCAGACUUUAAAGAUGGUAAUCAUGGGCUGCCGUAUGGGUUCCUUCUUACCAAGGUCUUUGAGCACUUCAAGGUUCCUCUCGGACCAGUUAAAGUGGGCACCAAGAAGGAAACUUUUUCGAAAGGCACUCUUGAAGAAUGUGAGUGUAUAGCGAAAUUUGGAGGGGUUGCAAGCACUUCUACCAUAUCUCAGUUAAUAAAUGCUCAAAACCAGUGCUACUUAAAUUCUGUCCCCUCAAUUUAG